AUGGGGGUCAUUGACAGGGUCUUAGUCAAACUAACUCUGGACACAUUCUGGGAAGCUCUGAAGGAUCGGAGAAAGAUACCAAAUGGGCUGCAUCUUUUCUCCAAGAUAGAUCCUCCAGAGGUCAUUGCUCAAUAUCUCCAGGAUCUGGCAUCUCAAGGAGUGGACAUCUCAGAGUUCUCUGUGGACUGGCUUCCAGAGCAGCCACCUAACUUCAUGAAGAGGAAGAGAGAGCCUUCUGAGAAGUCAAAGAAUAAGAAGACUCUGAAGUUGGGAGAACCUUCAGAAACCAGAUCGCCUGUGCCUCUAGACUCAUCUUCUUCAACUAGGUAUCUUAAUAUAUGCAUUUCACCUCUUUCAUCCACUCCCUCAUCUCCUCCAUACUAUGACAUUUCUUCUGACUCUGAACAACCAGAAAUCCCUGACCCUUCCUCUCCAACUUUGGACCAACUCCAAGCCAUAACACACUUAGAACAACCUCCAUUUGUCCCAGAAACCUCUGCACCUUCACCUUCUCCCUCCGCAACUGAACCACCUUCUGAACCUCAUACUGAAACUCCCUCUGAACCUCCCACUGAACACUCUGAAACCACUCACACUCCAUCUGGACUAAUAAAUCCAACCUCUGAACCUCAACCUAUCUUUCCAACCCUGGAAUAUUCAUUUGCUUUAUUCUCAAAAUAUUUAGUUGUGAAGCUCAUAAAUCUAUCAGAACAAUCUAAUAUAAGUGACAAUCCUUCUGACGUAAAGACUCACUGGAAUGAAAUCAUCAGAUGGAUGACAUAUGAGACCUUCAAACUUAAAGGACUAUCUGAACAGGCUAGGAAUGACUAUAUCAGAGAAACUGAGAAGAGACUAGAGGCUCGUCUGGUCAGAGAAGAUGAAGAGAGAUCCCUAAAGGAAGCUGAAGAAAAGGCAAUGCAAGAAGCUAAAGACCAGGCAAGAAAAGAAGUUGAAGAAAAAGCUGUCGCUGAGGCUGCUACUGCCGCAGAAGCUGAAGCCAAAGCUAAAGUUGAAGAAACAACACGCAUAGCUACAAAGGAAGAUGCUAAGGCCACUGAAGUUGCUUUGACUCAAGGUGAGUCACCAAACUCUAAUCUUGCUUCGUUGGUGCUCAAGACUCUGGAAGAACUCCAGAAGGAACAACAUCUUGUGAGAGCCAGACUUGACCAACAAAACUCAGUCAACUCCAGUAUUCAGAACCUCCUUGCUCAGUUGCUUCAGAGGAUGCCGCUUCCACCAAACCCUUAG